AAUUAAAAUGGGCUGCAAUGGUUCUAGUGCUAAGAAAGACCUCAAAAUGAAGGCCCUGAUGUAUAAGGAAAAGAGGAAGGGGCAUGACCCUAAUAGCCAGCUUAUUAUGAAUGCUUAUCAUUUCCCACUCCUUGAGAACCAGUUUGUAAUGAAAGCCUCUACGCAUGUCUUUGAUCCCUAUGAAGUCAUGGAGAGACUUGGAAAAGGAGGAUUUGCUACAGUAAGAUUAGCAAAAUACAAAGGAAUCAACGAGUAUAUGUUCGCUAUGAAGUCAAUGAGGAAAGUCGUUGAUGAAGUUGACAUGACCAGCUCUAUCAUCAACGAGCUUAACUUGCUGAAUAAGCUAGAUCAUCCAAAUAUUGCUAAUUUUAAUGAAGCUUAUCAAGAAGAUGAAUACAUUCACGCGAUUUUGGAAUUCUCUCCUGGCAAAUCUCUUGCUCAACUCUACUCUGAAUUAAAGGAACCACUUCCUCUGAUCGACACAUUGAAGAUCUUCUAUCAAAUUUUCAAAACGGCUGCAUAUUUGAUGAAAAAGAAGAUCAUUCACCGAGAUUACAAGCCUCCCAACAUCAUGGUUGAAAAGACUCAAAACUCAGAUUACUUUGGUUACCAAAUACAGUUGAUAGACUUCGGCUUCUCAAGAACUUAUCAAGACAGCUUGAACGACAAGAUGGUGAUGGGAUCUCCUCACUAUGUUGCUCCUGAGUCCUUGAAUCAGGAAUACAGUUACUCUGCAGAUGUCUGGUCUAUUGGAAUAAUGCUUUACUUCUCUAUCUGCUUCCGCUAUCCAUUUGAGGAUACAGAUGAGGAAGAGCUCUUCAGAAAAAUCCAAGAGCAAGAACUUUCUUUUCACCCUAAAGAGACCUGGGAUACCGUACCUGAAGAGCUUAAAGAUUUAGUCAAGAUGAUGCUUGAAAAGGAUCCUAUGAAGCGUAUCCACAUUAAAGAUAUUCCUGUGCAUCCUGCUUUUAAGCAAAUUCAUGAAAUCGAAGAUUCAGUGACGAUUACUGAAGAAAAUCGUGAUAAGCUCUCUAGAUAUUUCACUCGCUUAAAUGCAAUGGAGAGGAAAUUUCUUAAAUAUUCUACAAAGUUCUUGUGUCCAAGUGCUAAAACAGAAUACUGAGAGAAGUUCACGUUGUUGGAUAAGAACAACACUGGCACGCUCAAUUUCUUCCCAGAUUCCCCGAAGACGAACUACAUGGAGUCAGAUACUUCAAAAGGAAAUAGUGAUUCCUUGGAAGUUUCUAAGGAAUCUCAAAAAUACUAUAAAGUAACUUAUUCAGACUAUCUGGCUGCUAUCAUCCACCAUGAUGUUAUCUGUGGGGAGGUUAACGUAGAACUACUCUUCCAUACUCUAAACCCAGCCUACAUGACUGAUAUAGUCAUGAAGAACGAAAUGAGGGAUGCCCUCUUCCUUGGAAAUAACAACAAGAAAGAAGAGAAAAUGUUUGAUAAACUCAAAUGAAAAACACGAUCAGGCAAGGAAGUCAUCUCCAAGGAAUGGGUCAUGGACUACUACGAUAAGAUUUAUAAGAAGUUAGACAGAGACCCUGACGAGAGUGAGAGUUCCGACGAGGAAUCCACAUAACUUAGUAUUUAAAAUUCAUAAUUCUUCACAAACUUUCUGUUC